AUGGUGGAGAAGGAGAGGCCCGGUAAUCCGAGUGCCAAGAAGAAACAAGGGGACAAGAACUCGCGGCAAAGAUUUCGCCAGGGCGCAUCGAAACGCGAUACGUUCCCAUGGAUCAACAGCCAAAUCAUCACGGUUUCAGAGUCUGGCAACCUCAUGGAGCUGGCCACGACCAUCGAGGCACUUCAUGACUCACUGUGA